AUGGGAAUAACCUGUAGUAAAGCAAAAAAGGGACAAGAAGCCUUAAUUGAAAAUUAGAUAAAAUUGGCAGUACAAGAAGAUGAGAUUCUUAAUUAAGUUGAAUAUAAUAAAGGAUUGAAUGAGGAUUAAGAAGAUUCUAAUUAGGAAUAAAGUUAAAAACCUGACCUUUAAUAUUUGAAUAGUAGUUCUAAAAAGGCUAUAAGUCGAUCUGAUGAUGAAGAGGGUGAGAAAUAAAAAAAAAAGACAGGUAAGAAAAAACCGGUCUAAAAAAGAGAUGACAAUUAUCUGAAAAUCUUAGAGUAUUCAGAUCUAAAAAUACAAGCAUAUAUUCUUUUAUCAAAAGAAGAAGACAUAACAACAUCUUAUGAGUUGACAAUAACAUUUUCAUACUAAGAUUAUCAGUAUAGUGUUAACUGUAAAGCACUUAUUCUUUGUGAACCCAAAUAACCUUUUACAUUAAGUCCAAUAAAAUUUGAAGAUGCUAUAAGCAACAGUUAAUUUUAACCUUUCUUUCUUUUAGAUACAUAUUUCAAUGUGGACCUAUAGUUAAACUCAAAUUUAUAAUCUUUUAAUCAAUUGUUAGAAGUGAAAAGGAAUACUUAAUCAGACAAAAAAGAUGAAGAUAGUCCAUAACUUUUUACUAAGAGACAAAGUAAAAUAAUGAAUACUUAAAUUGUAAAUGGAGGUCCAUAAAAAUAAAAAAGAAAAAAGAAAAGAGAAGCAGCUGAAAUGAUGGAAUUAAUACAUGUAUUUGAUUUUGAAUGUUCACCUCGUUUAAAUCAAAUAUUAAUAGCUCUUAUGAUUCAAUAAUACAGUCAUAAAAUAACUAAAUAUUUGAUUACUAUUAAUGAUGUUUACUUUUUAUUUAAUGAGAAACCAUCUCUUGAUAAGUAAGAAGUUCAUAGAAUCCUUAUUUUUUAUGAACAUUUUGAUUAUAGUUUGUUAGAAUUGAGUGAAUAUCUACAUUCUAAAAAAAUGUAAUUAUCUCAUAUUUGUCAUCUUUAACUUUCUUUAAAUUUAUUGUAAAUAUUGUAUAAUUCAUAUAAAUCAUAUCUAUAUAGAUUGAAUAUAACAUUAAAUACAGUAUUUUGGGUUAGCAAAGUAAAGAAAUUUAAAUUAUAAACAUUUGGAAGAAUAUAGAAUUUAUUAGAUUUGGAUGGUAAAGAUUUUUAAGUCAAAUUUAAAACUGCAAAUGAAUAAAAAAUUAAUGUUUUUUAUAGAGAUUUUGAUAGAGACUUUGCUGCUGUAUUAGAUAUUAUAGCAUUUUUUAAAGAUUUAAGUAAAGAGAUGGCAUAAAUUAAAAAAUUAAGAAGAAAGAAAAAGAAUUUACCUGAAGGAGAAACUUAUUAUAGUAAAUAUAUAAUAAUGUAUGAUGAAUUAUUUUAAGAUAAUACUGAUUCACUAUUUUAGGGUUUGGUUAGAUUAAAAUUCUUUGAAACAAAUUCAUAUGAUUAAAUACUUGAAGAAAUAAAAUCAAUUAUAAUGACUUUGGAGAAAUUGAUAAAAUAAGAAAUUGCAACAAUUGAAUAAGAAAAAUAAUAAAGAGAAUUAGAAAUGUAAGAAUAAUAAUAGUAAGUCUCCCAAAAUGUAAUUUAAGUAAAAUUAGAUGAUGAUGAUGAUGAAUAAGAACCUAUUGAAUUGUAGUCAUUUAAUUUUCUAUUAGAAAGGAAAAAGAAAAAAGACUUAACUUAAGAAUAAUACUUGUAUUAUUAAAUGAUAUACUCAUCUCUCUUUUAUAAUCAAAAUUUUAAUGUAAUUUGUGAUUAAUUUCUUGAAAUUUCUAAAAAUUAAAUCUUAAUAGCAUAUGCUUAAUUACAUUAUUCAAUUUGGAGAAAAUUAAAUUCAGUUGUUAAAGAAGGUUAUAGUUUGGAAUAGUAGACAUCAUUACUUUCCAUAUCAAAGAAUGUGACAUAACUGACUUUAUCUUAAGAUUCAUUUCAUUAUUAUUUAUUGUUAGAGUUGAUCACAAAAAUGAGAGAUAAACCAUUUAAUAUUUUAAAUCAUUUAAAAUCUAUGAUAUAAGAAUAAAAUUAUAAACGAAAAAGAUAGGUUAAACCUAAACUUAGUAGAAAUUAAAAAUUUAAUGGAAUUAUUGAAAUGAGAAAAGCAAUCUUUUUAGAUUUAUUUUUUAUUGAUCAUUAUAUAAGUGAACAUCAUUAUAAUAAAGCAAUAUAUUUGAUGCAAUAUGAUUUAUCAUCUUAAUUGAAAUUUAAUUUAAAAAAUUAUAUGCUAUAUACACAAUCACUAUUUAUAAAUGGAUUAUUAUGUGAAAAGACAUUACAAUCAGUAUCAGCAAUGCUUAAUUUGGAAAUAUCUAAAUUAUUGUAUGAUUAAUACUUUCCCAAUAGUAAGAUUGUUUAUAUUGAGGAUGAAACUUAACGAUAAGUGACUAAAGAAUAAAUGGAAAGUGGUAAAUAAUAUACUUCUAAAAUUCUUAAUUAUGAUAAUUAAGCAUGUGAGAAUAUGAAUGUAUUAGAUUUUCAUUUGGGUAAAGUGUAUUUUACAAUUCAUGAUAAAGAGAAUGCUUUAAAAUGUUUAAGGAAAGUAAAAUAAGCUAGAUAAAAGAAAUUUGAUAUUUUAUCAGAUGAAGUAAUUGAAGUAAUAAUUGAAAUAUUACGAAUAUUGGUAGAAUAAGAUGAUAGUGGAGCAGCAGGUGAAAUUUGUUAUGAGUAUCAAUAGAAAUUCAAAGAAUAAUAUAGAAAAAAUACAUUUUUUAAAUCAAGGUAUAUUGCUCGUUUGUAAUUGAUAAUGGCAGCUAUAUUUGAAUGUAAUGGUAUGAUGUUGAGUUCCCUUAGAUAUUAUUAAAAAGCCAAUAAAACCUUCAAUUAAUCUAGAACUAAUUCAUAUAUUUUAUAAAUACAUAUUAGAAUGAAAAUUAUGAAAUUGAUAUCUGCUAUUAAAACUAAGGCACUUUCAAUAAAUUCAAUCAAUAAAGGACAAAUAACAUUAUUUAAUUAUCAUACUGUAUAUUUAUCUGAACUUGUGAAACCAUAUUUUAAUAAUUAAUUUCUUAGAUAGGCAAUAGAAGAGAAAUAAAAUUAAGUAAAUUAAGUUAUUUUUAAUCAUUUAAUAAAAAUUUAUUCAUUAUUUCGUCAUUAAGAUUAUGAUAAAUUAUAGGAUAAACUAAAUCAAUUACAUAAUGUUCUCAAAAAAAGAAAAGUAGAUGAAUGUUAUGGUUAUACUCUAUAGAAAUUAGGUAUCUAUAAUGCAUCUCAUAGUAAUUAUCCUUAAGCUAUAAAUUAUUUAAAAUUAGCUAUAGAAAUUUAUGAUAGAUUUCUCAUAUUUCCUUAAAAAGAAAUAAGACAAUUACGUUGUUAAAUUUUGAUAUUUCAUUGUUGGAUAUAAUUAGAGAAAAAGAAAGAAUAUUAAGAUCAAUUGAAUUUGAUAGAUUAAUUUAUUUAAACAAUAAAUGAAAUGAUCUCUUGGAGUAAUAUUCCAUAUAAAUCAACUACAAAUAAAUUUACAGUUUUGUAAUUGAAACUUGGCAAAUAAAUUAUAUAUUAAUUAGAAGAGAUGAGUUAAGUAAUUGAGAAAUUUCAAAAGAUCAGAUAUAAACUUAUUUAACAUUUAUCUAAUCCAACCAAAUUAAAAUCAGUAGCUAUAAAAAAUUUUAAAUAAAUUAUUAAAACUACAGAAAAAGAGUAAAUAAAAAAAAAAAGUCAUAAUGAAACUAGAUAAUCAUGUUUAUUUGGUUUUUUGAGUCAUUAAAGUGUAAGACCUAGAAAAUCUACAGUAAUAUAAAAUAAAUCUAUUACAUAAACUGAAUUAGAGUAUUAAGAAACUCAAAAGUAUUUAUAUAAAUAAUAUUAGAUCAACAAAUACAAGAAGAAGUAAUUUAAAAAAUAAAGAUAAUAUGAGUAUUUAAUUAAUAUCUGAGAAAUCAAAUUAAAUCAGUUAAUAAUUUGAUGUUGUAUAAACAUAGAAAUCAUAGAUCUUUGAUGAUAAUUUGGAAACGGAAAGAAAUGGCAAUUUGCACAUUUCAUAUAAUAUAAAAGAUAAUACUAAUACAAAAUGUAGUACUGGAAUGCCUUCAAUGGCUUAGUUGAAUAUGACACCAAUUAAUGAAAUUUCAAGAUUAUCUGUGAAAUCACCAAUAUUAAAUUCAAAAUAAAAAGGAAACAAAGAUUAAUAGAAACUUAAAAUUAAUCCAUUUCAAAAGAUUACUCGAAAAUGA